AUGUCAAAAACACGAGAAACUUUACGUGAAUGUGGUCGUUGGGUAUGUCAUUCAUUGGAUAUAUUAAAAGCGAUUAUAAUGAGAAUUAUAUUUGCACUUCAUGCAACUAUUGCUAUUAUACGUAUUGUUAUAAUAAAAGGUGAUUAUUGGUAUUUAUUAAAUAUGUGUGGAGUUAAUUUUCUUCUUAUUGAAUUAAUUGUUACAAUUGUUAAACGAAAAGGAAAAGAACCAAAAUGGUUUUCACCUUGUUUUUUCCUUUAUAUUUGUACAAUGAUUCCACCAAUAUGGUUUCUUGAAAUAAAUCGAAUUAAUAAUAAACUUGGUCUUGUACCACUUAAUCAAACAGAAGGAGCUGAAUUAACAUUAAUGAUUGAAAAAGGUAUUAUUUCGAAAGCUAAUCUCAACGAAAAAACGAAAUUACUUUCACUAUCAAUUGAUGAUUGGGCUGUGGCGAUUGAAGUAACAUUUUUAAUGAUAAUAAUAAUUGGUCGUUGGAUGUUACCAAAAGGAAAAACAAGUCGUUCUGCAUUAUCUCAACUUUUACUUGUUUAUUUAUCAUUAGCAUCAGAUAUGAUUGAUUUAUUAUCUAUUUUUCAAGAAGAUAAAGUUAUACGCAAUAGAGAAAUGGUUUAUUCAAUUUUAGCUAUUUUUUCAUGGUCAACAUUUCAAUUUACUCUUAAUCUUGUUGCAACACGUGGAAGAAAUUUUCGUCUUGAUUCUGAUCUAUCAAAUCAAAAUUUUGAUCCUAAUUAUAAACAACAAUAUUUUCGUCGAUAUGGAAAAAAACCAAUACAAACAAUAUGUCAAAAAUUAUGUAAUAGUGAACUUCCAUCAAUAUUUAUAACUAUAUUAAUGCAAGAUUUACCUUUUCUUACACUUCGUCUUAUUGCUGUUAUACAUUUUGAAGUACAAUCAUAUACAACGAUGUUUUUUACUUGUAAAAAUUUUUUAAUUUUAUUUCUACAAGUUUAUCGUUUAUGGUCUAUUUAUAUGGAACAUAUGGGUUAUGAAGAUCAAAAUGAUAUAGAUACUUAUUCAGUAUCACCAAGAACACAAAUGUUAAGAAAAUCAUUAAAUACACAGCUCAUUAAAAAUGAUAUUGCAUGA